CUAAUUUGAUGUUUGUAAUGUGAACAUAUUGGAUCAUGCGUGCUCGUGUCACGACACGCUCACAACUCUAUUAUUUAAAACAAGCACGUGCGCCUAAUAAACGUGUUUUUGUUUAGCGAGCAGACUAACAUCAAUUUUGUUAACUAUGGAAGCAGCACAGCUCGAUGCUGUGUCAGCUACACCUACAACUGUGUCAACAAAUGCAACUCCUGAGGAAGCGGCCCCAAGCGCAAAGGCUACUACGGAAACUGCGCUAACAGUAGCAGAUGCUGCACAUAUUGAAGUGACUACCGAAAAUGAUUCAACACCAAUUGUUAAUGAACCAAGCACAAAGCGAACUUCUGGAAGAACACACACAGAAAAUCCAGGUGUGACGUCAGUUAAUGGAAUGCAAGGGACACAAACAGAAUGUUCUCUGCCAGCUGAGUCAGCAAUCCAAGUGGAAGCAGACCCGUGCACCGAAGGAAUAGAUGUUAAUUUGCCAGUAAAACAGACGAAUGGAGCUGCUACGAAUGUUGAGUCGCAAAUUAGCACAAAUGCUGUUAGUCUUCAAGGGGAACUGUCAACCUUGGGCACAUCAGCUGAAACGGUAACUUGUUUGUCUACAGCAGCUGAAACAGAGCCGAGCAACACUGCAGUCAAUGCUAUUCCACCAGUAGAACCGGUAGCAACCAACGAUGGAAUUUGUGCACCAGAAGGCGUAUAUGUCAAUACUCAGGUGGAGCUCGCAACUGAUGUUAGCGCAAUGGAAUGUGAAACGUCGCCAGCAAAGAAGGACUUAGCUCCAUCAGCGAAGCAAGCAAAUGGUCUAAGUUUGCUCUCUGGCUAUGGCUCGGACAUGGAUUCAGAUGUAGAACAGCCACAACAAAUAGUAGAUAGCGACAAUGAUGAUAUUGUCGAAGUGCCUGUAACUGGACCCUCCAGCAUGCGUCGUCAAGUUGUGGACGUCAGCUCGAGCAGCGAGGACAGCAGUGACUCUGACUCUAACUCGGAGGCAGAAUAUCUUACGGUAUUACGCCAGAAAAUUGAUAAACGCAUAAAUACCGAGGAUUGUGAUGAUGAUGACGAUGAGGACUUGGAUGGUGAUUCAAAACCGCGUCGUCGGCAGCCGCCCAAAGUGCGUGGGGAGAUGCUUUUGGACGAGUUACCUCCAAUUGAUCAGCUUGAGAUAACCGUUCCAGAGGAUGAAUGCAUAGAACUGGGCAAGGUACAAUCUAUAGUGGAUCAAUUAGUUUUAGUUAGUGUCCUGCCCAAUUCGAUGCUGUUUGAUUUGGACACUGUCCUCUUCCUGGAGAAGGGACGCAAAGUGCUUGGUCAGGUGUUCGAUGUGCUCGGCCAGGUCGCUGAUCCGCUCUACUGUGUUCGCUUCAAUAGCAAUCAACAGAUCAAGGAUCGCAACAUCAACAUUGGGGACAUCGUCUACUGUGCACCACAAACGGAGCACACACAGUUCGUUAUACUGUCCAAACUGAUGCAGGUGCGCGGCUCGGAUGCAUCGUGGGAGCACGAUGUAGAGCCACCAGCGCGCUUUAUUGAUUACUCUGACGAUGAGGCGGAGCGUGAAGCACGUUGGGAGCAACGCAAGAAACGUCAACGUGAUCGCACCAAUUCCACAGACUCUGUGGAUACGGUAACUACGGUGAAUACAGAGGCUAGCGAGGCAGCGCCUCGACAACGUGGCCGACGUGCUCAGCGCCAGUCGCAAAACUAUUCCCAGGUCAAUCAGCAGCAACAGCAGCACCACCACCAACACCAACAGCAACACAGUCAAUCACGCUCGCAGUCUAGAGAUUCGGAGUAUAACUAUCAUCCCAGCUACAAUCCAGGCAGCUGGCACUCGAAUUACUAUCACAAUUAUCAUCCACCUGCCGCCAACUUCAAUAUGAUGCCUGGCAUGGCAUUUCCCAUGCCCGGGCAGGGCUAUGGCUAUAUGCAAGCACCACCACUGCCACCACCACCUCCUCCACCACAUGCCUAUGGCAUGCCCAUGGCCAUGCCACCUCACAUGUAUCCAGCGCAUCCGUCGCCUUAUGGCCCACCCCCUCAUCCACCACCCAAUUAAACUUUGAAUCGCUUUUAUUCAAUUUAUUCCAAUAAAAAAAUUUCUUUAAAAAUUGUUUGUUCUUUCGUUUUUAUCGUUAAAAUGCUUGAAGUUUUUGUUGUUGUAUAAAAAGGUACUUAAUCUGUGUGGGAAUCUCAACAAUAACGCUGAUUACAGGUGUGUGUGUGCGCAUUGUACAUGUGGCUGGGUAUAUACAUAUCUAUCAGUGUGUGUGUGUGUGUGUAUGGGUGUGGGUGUACCCAAUUGACAAACUCAUUUUAGCUAAAUUUUAAAAAUUGCUUUUAACAAAAUAAUAGUUGAUUUUUAAGCUAGUUUUUAAACGUUCACAAUUUGUGUUAAAAAGUUUUAGGAUCUAUGAUGG